AGAGGGUGUAGUCCUGAUUUGGGAGUUGGCUGGAUCAGGAAGUGGUGGUGACAAGGAUCGAGAGGAACCAAAGACUACGGCCAGAAUAUCUAAGACCAGACUACCCCGAACACUCACACACAAGGACCAGAGAUCGUGAACCGGUUCAGACAGAAACCAGAGCCGAAGUUUGUUUAACUUUACUGUGUUUUAAAAGGUGAUCGUUCAGCUCUGCUCCGUUAGCCGCUAAUACCUAACAAUUGGCCUGCUGCUAACAGGGAAGUGACGGUGUCAGGUGAAAUCAGGCUCGAGCAACAGUUGUGUUUUCUGCAGAGGACUCAGAGAGAAGAAGAAGAUGAGUGGAGGAAUGAACAGCAUUGAGGCCGUGAAGAAGAAGAUCAAGGUUCUACAGGACCAAGCAGAGGAGGCUGAGGAGAGAGCGGAGAGACUGCAGAGGGAUGUGGAGAAGGAGAAGAGGAGCAGAGAGGAGGCGGAGGCAGAAGUCGCGUCUCUGUCACGUCGUCUGCAGCUGACUGAGGAGAAUCUGGACCGAGCUCAGGAGAGACUGGCCACCGCCCUUCAUAAACUCGAUGAGGUGGAGAAGACUGCUGAUGAGAGUGAGAGAGGUAUGAAGGUGAUCGAGAACAGAGCUCUGAAGGACGAGGAGAAGAUGGAGCAACUAGAGAUUCACCUCAGAGAGGCCAAACAUAUCGCUGAGGAGGCUGAUCGUAAAUAUGAGGAGGUCAGAACGCACAGUACACGUACAUUACACAACAAAACCCGGCACAGAGGCCUGCAUUAUAAGGUUCAGAGGUUGGAGGAGCAGUUGAGGAGUUUCGACCAAUCACUGAAGAGCCUGCAGGCAUCUGAGGACAAGCCUUUGACCUGCAGUAAGUGUCGAGUGUUGGAGGAGGAGCUGAAAACUGUCUUCACUAGCUCAAAGUCUCUGGAGGCCCAGACUGAGAAGUAUUCUCUGAAAGAGGACAGGUAUGAAGAGGAGAUCAGGAGCCUGAGCAGCAAACUCAAGGAGGCGGAGACCAGAGCAGAGUUUGCAGAGCGUUCAGUGGCCAAACUGGAGAAAACCAUUGAUGACCUGGAAGAUGCUCUGACUUCAGCCAGAAACGCCAACACGGAGCUUCAGGCGACUCUGAAUCAGACCAUGGAGGAGCUCAACUUCUGCUGAACAUCUUCCUUCAUUUCUCCUGCCCUCUGCCCCCUCUCACCUCCCUCAGUUGCCUGACAAGUGAAUGUCAGGGAACUCUGUGGUCAAAACAUUCCUAUCUCUCCUCCUUGAACUGCCUCCUCCUUCCACUGUUACUGCCCCACCUCCCCUCCCCUCCACCCCUGCCUGCGAGAAGGUCAGGCUCAUACUCUGUGGCCAAAAAAAAUCCUUUUCUUGUACUUCCUCCUCUUUACUGCGCCUCCUGCUGCUGAAUGACUUCGUCUCAUUCCACUGUUGCCAUUCCAUCUUCCACCACCGCUAUGAGGGGGUCAGGGUUAAAGUUCUCCCCCCUUUCCCUCUGCUGGCUGCUCUGUGGGUGUCAGCAAGAACUAAACAUUACUCCUCUUCUUCACUGCACCUCCUCUCCUGGUGGAUGUGAGGGAGGUGUCAGGAUGGUGUAGCCUCCCCUCAGUCUUCCUCAACAAAUCCUGCUCUCACAUUUCUUCUUUGAACCUUCAAAUGACAUUUGAAGUGUUUCUUUAAUUUUAUCCUGUUGGCCUUCCUUCUCACCACUCUUCCCUCCUCCUCACCCACUGACGGUGCCAUCCCACCCUCCUCAGUAUUAUGCAAGGGAAGCCAGAUGAGGAGCUGCCAGACAUUUGUCUAAAGGGAGUUUAACAGCAAUUUACAGCCAUUGCUUUGUUAAAAGCUAAUUGACUAACAACUAAUCAUUUGUUUGAACGGUUUGUCGUUACUGAUUAGUUUUCUCUCCUACAACAACUAUUGAUUGAAUGAUUAGAGCCAACUUCCUGUUAGCCAAUGAUUUACUAGUUUUGUUCCUGGGGGUGUGUUUUAAGGUAGCCAAUCAAAGCUAGGCAUUCCACUAUGUAUGGAACCAGGGGCCAAUCAGAGGUCACCUGACCUUUGACCUGAUAACAUGAACAAAUAAAAUUUAAAUGUUUUUACUGGAAGCCAGUGAUGGUGUCAUCACUGUGCAGAUGUCACAGCUCAUUGUAAUAAAUCAUGACAAAGUGAAACUGAAUUUUAUAAAAUAAAAGCACCGUCACUGGUAUAUAGAUCUGG